AUGGCCCUGAACGCUUCCUCACGGGCUACGCGCAGAUCGAGUCGGGCAAACACACCGAGAGCAAGACCAGCCAGCGCGACUACCACUCCUAAAAUUUCAGUUCCCUCCGCUCUAUCGACCUCUCUGCCCCAGAAAGCGAGACCGCAGAACACGUUGGACUCAUGGGUAGAGCCGCCACCGCCUAAUCCUAGACCUAGUUUCGAAGACCAUGGCUUUGAACGUCAGGGGGUCCUCCAGCACAUGGAACCAUUAGGCACGCCGCCAUCUGCGAAAUUGAAAGCAAAACUGCGAGGCGACGCACAGAAGCGGCCAGUGUUCAUGAACGGAUUGCUGUCAAGAGACGACAAUACCCGUGAUUCCCCUGACACUUUGGCAUCAGGCCCUGUUACACGUGAAGCAUCUGCUCGUCCAGAGGAUACGGUCGAAGCGGAUACAGAGAUAGAAGCAUCGGAAGAGCCAGCAGUCACGGAACCAGUGGACGAGGUAGUGGAUAAAACAGUGCAGGCCGCCAAAAAUACGGAACAUCCCCAGCCACUUUUAUCUCGGUUCAACAAUUUUGGAAAAAUUGUGGACCGUGCUUGUGAAGAAGCCCGCGACAACAGUGACGUUCGCACGAAUGUAGCCUUACAAAAGAUGUACGAGAACAGUGCACACGAUUCUCGCCUGAUCAAAGCCCUCGACGGUAUCCUUGCGAGGUCGGCCACCCCGGCGCAGACUGCAUAUUUCAAGCGAACUGUUAGGAAACUCAAGCAACAAGCCAAAGCUCGUGAAUCACCACCAAAGAAACGACUAAGACUUUCUCUCAAGAUGUCGAAAGAGCCGGCCCCAACCCCGGCCUUCUCACCUCCCAAGGUCACUCCCCAAAUUGAGCCAACACGCACACCCCGAACGACGCGCGCUUUGAACAUGUCCUCAUCGGUUGUACCAUCAUCACCAGCAUCUGUCAAAGCUUCGGCCUCGAAGGUUACCCGCACCCUCGCAGUCAAUGACUCAGACUCGGAUCUUAGUGAUGUCGACGAAACCAUUGCACAAGGUCCUCCGCCGGACGCAGUGGCAACGAACGGCACCAUCGCUAGUACUGAAGCAACAACACGACCGAAAAGAAUGGCUGCCCCCAAAGGAGCUCUGCUUGGACGACAUCCACCUGUUAGUAAGACUCGAGCAGGCAAACGUGUAACCGACGACGGUGACCUUUCCGAGGCGACUGAGACAGAAGAUCACGCGGAGAUUGACGCUAUCUAUGCCAGAAGGAAAGAGCGUCUGCGAGCGUUCGACGACGUGAAGUUCUCCGAGAGCUCAUACCGUCUCGAUCCAAAGUACAGACCUCGAACUCCACUCUCGAACUCACUACCGCCUCGUUCCAACGGCCUUGUCAACGGACAGCAGGCCAGUAAUAAAACCAAGGCCAGCGACGACGACGAUGAUGACCUGUCUACGGUUGAUUAUUCUUCGCCUCCCAGCAAGCACUUCCCACGUCUCGGGGCACCGACCCGCAAGAAAGGAUUGCGAACUAUGAUAUCCUCGCCGAACAAGAACAAAACCAAGGCGGUGGCUGGCCAGGCGCCGAUGACUAGGAGUGGCGGCAUUGAGGGCCCCAGCGCUGACGGUGAUUUGUCUGAUGACGAGGAGGUAUGUGCUGCUUGCGGAGGAAUUGGUCUCCUGAUUUCUUGCGACAAAUGCACUGAGUGGUUUCACUUCACGUGCGCCGAGCCACCUGUUGAGGAAAAGGAUCUGGAAGGAGACGAAAACUGGUGGUGUUCACAUUGUGUUAUGUACGAAGUCCGGCCACCAGGUGCUGAUGAGCCCCGAGAAGGCCUCUUCGCGAGGCUCAUAGACCAGAUGGAGUGGAGCAAGCCUAUGACGUUCUCUCUUCCAGAACGUAUUCGCGAAUUCUUCGAAGAUGUCAAAACUGGGCCCGAUGGGGAAUAUGAGGAAGAAGGCGUGUGGAUACGAGCCAAAAAUCGCCAUGGUUAUAUCGAGUCUGAGGACUUGACCAAGUUGAAAGACAAAAGUGGCGUCAUCUUGUGCGCUCAGUGCGGCAAAUCAUCUCUUGACGGUCGUCCGAUGCUGCAGUGUCAGGUCUGCCAAGAGCACUGGCACAUGGAUUGCUGUGAUCCUCCGUUGGCGGUACCGCCCUCGGUAAAUCACGAAUGGACCAAGCGACAAGCUUUCAAAUGCCCUCGCCAUGUCAACCGUGAUCUCAAGGCCAUUGAGCCGAAGUCAGAACACGUGAUUGAUCCCGACAGUAUCCCAAUCAAUGGGCGACGGACGCACCGCCUCCGAAAACCCAAGAAUCCAGUUUAUGUCGAUCCUGCCCUUCGACGUGGCUAUCGCAACAACGGUGUCAUCGAGGUCGUCGACGACUCGAGCGACGAUAGUGAAUUUUACGACGAGCCUAGUGGAGAGGAGGAGGGUCAAGUCCUCAGGCUACCCGUAUAUGGGAUCAAGCUUGACUUUAUCCACGCCGCGAAAUUAUCCCGCGAGAAACGGCAGAAACUGAUGCAGCCUCCCACAAUAACAACAACACCUAGCGCUCGUCCACCACACACUACUUUCACAACACCUUUCGCGGGUCAUACUAUGGUAGAGCAGCAAACCGCCUUGAACCUAAUCCAGCUUGCCCAGAAAGAAGACGCUGCCGGUCUUACUAGCGUUGACGUCGAUUCACUCAUUAUGGCCUUGCUUGCUGAGGCGCCGGAGCAGGUCGUUGCGCAAUUGACACGUGCACAGUCCAAUCUUACCAAUGGUACAGCUAGUGCCUUCGAUAAACUUACGUUCCUUACCAGACUCGAAGAGGUCAUCAAGCAAGCAAAGGAACAGCUAUCCGCCCAGGUGAAAUCUGUCGUCUAA